AUGAAAGGUCUUAUUCUCGUCGGUGGUUACGGUACUCGUCUCAGACCACUCACUCUCUCGUUGCCAAAGCCACUCGUGGAGUUUGGUAACAAGCCAAUGAUCUUGCACCAGGUCGAGGCCCUUGCUGCUGCCGGUGUCACUGAUAUCGUGUUGGCCGUCAACUACAAGCCAGAAGUCAUGGUUGCCGCGCUUAAGAGCUACGAGGCCGAGUACGGUGUUAACAUCACCUUCUCUGUUGAGGAGGAGCCUUUGGGAACCGCUGGUCCUCUGAAGCUCGCCGAGAAGGUCUUGAGAAAGGAUGAAUCGCCAAUUUUCGUUUUGAACUCGGACGUUAUCUGCGACUACCCAUUCAAGGAGUUGUUGGACUUCCACCAGAAGCACGGUGGUGAGGCCACCAUCGUUGCUACCAAGGUUGACGAGCCAUCCAAGUAUGGUGUCAUCGUCCAUGACCUUGCCGUUCCAAACCUCAUCGACAGAUUCGUUGAGAAGCCAGUUGAGUUUGUCGGUAACAGAAUCAACGCUGGUCUUUACGUCUUGAACCCAAGCGUCAUCGACCUCAUCGAGAUGAGACCAACCUCUAUCGAGCACGAAACCUUCCCUCAGCUUGUUGAGAAGAAGCAGCUGUACUCGUUUGACUUGCCAGGUUACUGGAUGGACGUCGGACAGCCAAAGGACUUUUUGUCCGGAACCUGUCUCUACCUCUCCUCCCUCGCCAAGAAGGAGAGCAAGGCUUUGACUCCAAUCUCCGAGCCAUUUGUUAACGGUGGAAACGUCUUGAUUGACCCAUCUGCAAAGAUCGGUAAGGACUGUAAGAUUGGCCCUAACGUGGUCAUUGGUCCUAACGUUGUUGUUGGUGACGGUGUCAGAAUCCAGAGAUCUGUUGUGUUGAAGAACUGUCAGAUCAAGGACCAUGCCUGGAUCAAGUCCACCAUCGUUGGCUGGAACUCUACUGUCGGUAGAUGGGCCAGACUCGAGGGUGUUACCGUCUUGGGUGAGGAUGUCACCGUCAAGGACGAGGUCUACGUCAACGGUGGUAAGGUGUUACCUCACAAGUCGAUCUCUGCCAACGUCGAGACUCCUCAAAUUAUCAUGUAA